GGCGGGUGCUUGGGCCUUUCCUGUUCCGGCGCGCGCUGACCUUGGCGCCUAGGGGUCCCGGAACCGCAGCCAUGGUGGCGUACUGGAGGCAGGCCGGGCUCAGCUACAUCCGCUAUUCCCAGAUCUGUGCCUAUGCUGUCAGAGCAGCGAUGAAACCACAAUACAAAGCUGAGGCAGAAAAAGCUGCUGUGGCCACUAUAAAAAUAGUGAAACCUAAAAAGGAGUAAGAUGAUUGUCCCCAUGAUGAACUGUAUGGACAAAAUAUCAAGUGAAGACAAGGUCAUGGGUCUGAAGAUGUGCAAUGUAGUCUCUUCAUGUUAGCUAUAAAAUCUGCCUGCGUGCGUAAGUCAACAUGCUAAUAAACUGAGCUUCUAGUUCACCAUGACCAUA